UCCUGGUUAUGACCAUAGAGCCUUGUCCCAGUCUCUAGACCUGCCUGUCUGUGUGGUGGAUGACCACCUGACCUCUGAAGCUGUCAAUGAGAUGGAGCAGAGCAAUUCUACCAGGAGCAGAGCAACCUCAGUGAUGGAAACCACAGAAGAGGGGAAGCUCAACAAUGUAGAACAUCUGACACUUAUGGACUUCCUUCAAAACCUAACUGAGAAGCAAUGGAGGGGGAUUCGUGAGGGCAUGUUUGACCCGCUGACAAAACAACAGCUUGCCGGCUUGUGUCUGAGGAUUGUCCAGUUUUUAUCGGACAAGCUGAUGCAGAUCAUCAUCCCAGGUCUUUACGAACUACUGGGCAUCCAAGAUGCUGCCUCCUCUCCAUUGUCACAGAGAUCUCUCUCAGCGUCACUCACCAGUCUGUUAGACGAUAAGACUAACACCAAGUCCCGCGUGAGAUUUACUGAGGCUGGUGUACCUAAGAGGCCAGGCAGUCGAAAGUCUUACAAUAGCUUUCGCAUCCCGACUCCCUACCCUUCCUCCAACUGUGUGGAGCAGGAAGAGGAAGAAGAGCAGGAAUCACAACAACUUAAGUUCAAGGAGAUUUACCUGACUAAGGGCUGUCUGGGCAGUGGAAGCUACCUGCCCAAUGGGGCCAUGAGGACUCUAACCUCUCUGUCUGAUGUGCAGAAGAAAACAACCAACUCUGAGACACUACAAGUCCUCUUAGGUGUCUCAGAGGAAACCCUCGUCACCUGUGUGCAGGACAGCCUGCAAGGUUCUCUCUCCAAACUUGCAUGCAUGUCCAAUUUCCCAUCUGGAAGUGCAGGCUCUAUGAUGCUAACCCCUGCUGUAAUGGCAGAGUUGGCUAAAGAUGUCAAGUCGGCCUUAUCAGUGGUCGUUAAGAGUGCCUCCGCUAGCCAAACCUCUCUAGUGACACCGGUAAGAGGAGACUCACAGACCAAGGUGACUGAGAGCAUGGUGAGAGAGCUGGCUGCUAAACUUGAAAAAGUUGACCAAGAGAGCAAGAGUUUAACAGGGCAAGUCAUGACCACCAUCUCUGACACAAUGUUGGCUUUUGUUGACGAGAACGAACAGAAUUUGCUGAAAGAUCUGAAGGACAAGAUCACGUUUUUGGCAUCGCAUGUUGGCUUCAUUGACGAUCUUGAUGCCCUGAUAAGGAAAUAUGAGAGCAGCUACAAUAUUAGUGAAUCUGGUUCCUCCUGCACGCUCACAUCUAAGAGCAUCCAAAAACUCUCCAGCCGGGAGUUUCAAACAUCAGCAAUACAAGCAGUUCUCCUGAGCGAACCUCUCCAGUAA